GUCUGAGACCAGCUAAUUCUGGACUACGACUCCCAGGUGACAGUGCGUUUCCUUUUAGAAAGUUAGGAAGGAAGGUUUUGUACCGUGCUUAAAAAGUGACUUAAAUGUUUGCUGUGAUCUGUUUUUAUUUGCUAGCAAACUGAUAAUAUACUGUGCCGAGGUAAUGUAUUUAUUUUUAAACGUGACGGUACAUUGUUGCGAAAUCUAAGUGAUCAAAGCUACAACUUAUAUGCCAUGCAAGUUAAAAAGGUGUGUCAUCGCAGUUGAGCUAUGGAGACAGGGCAGACCUGGCUGGAAGGCUCUCUGGGGCGUUCUGCUAAACUUGGUCUUGAAGUAUUGGAGCGUGCACGGAGGCGAAGCAUGGUGGAGUGGCCUGCAGUCUGUCCUGUAGCCCAGCUCACAGUAGAAGAGACUUUGAGAAGCCGUUCGGGGAAGGACCGAGUAGGAAAAAGUGAUAAUGAGGAGGCAACUAGGCACACCAGCAUUGAUGAUGCUUUUGAGACAGUGCUGGAGUUUAUGGCUCACACAACCAAACAAUGCAAGAACCUCUACAGAUCAGUGUCUGCAUGCGAGUGUAACCAGACUGAAAUGAACCAUGUAUGUAGAUACCACCCUCCUCAUGUCUCCUCUCAUGGUGCAGCCAAACCAAGGGUUUGCAGAAAGCCAGUACAAAGGACUUCAGAAGACUUUUAUAUAGAACUGGCUCCAGGCACCUAUGCCAUCACUGCAGGAGCAUGUGACUCCAAGAGACAGACCCGGGUGGUGAAAAUCAAUGCAGGGGAGAGCGUGGAUCUUUCUUUUACUGUGUGACCUGUUUACUGAGGCUUAAAGGGCUUGUGGCAAAAAAAAAACAGCUUUGCUGUCUCUUACCAAAGUAUUUUAAUCUUUUGCACUUCUUAUUAAUAUAUGGGUGCUGUUAUCUGUCAUGUUCUAUGUAGUCUGUAGAGCAUGGACUUGACCUGUACAAAAAGUGCACUUUGUCUUAUAAAUGACUCAAAUUAUGUAUUUUUUUAAAUCAGAUAUGCUAAAUAUUAGUUAGCUCUGUUGUAAAUGUUUGCACCAUUUUAAAAGCAAAUUAUAUAUUUCUGUAUACCAGUGUACUGUGUUUAAGUUAUCAUAUGCAAUAAAUAUGGACUCUUUUCAAUCUUAUAAGUAACUAAUAAUGUGUGUGAAUUUGUAGUAUGCAGACAAGUAGAUCUCAAAUUAAAGGUAUGCUACCUGGCUAUUUUAUUUA